AUGCAAUUCAAGAACGCCGUCGUUUUGGCUCUGGCCACUGCCUCUUCUGCUCAAAUCCUCUCUUCCAUCACCUCGCUCGGCGGAGACGUCACCUCAAUUGCCGGAGGCGUUGGUUCCACCGUUACCAGCGCAGUUGCCGGGGAUUCGACAGAUAGUGCCAGCUCCACCGCUUCCAGCGACAGCUCUUCCGCCAGCAGCUCAGCCUCAUCUCUGUCUUCAUCGAUCUCCUCAGCUUCCUCAUCCAUCUCAUCAUCUCUCGCUUCCGAUGCCUCAAGCGCUUCCACCAACACCGACACCUCAGCUGGUGCCAGUGCCUCAUCUUCAAUCUCCUCCCGAUCAUCUUCAGCUUCAAGCUCUCUGAGCAGCGCCGCCAGCGGAGGAUCAUCAUCAUCCAGCGCUAGCCGAACUACCUCCCUCGUCGUUACAUCCGUCACCCGUACUACCACUGAUGCUGCCGGCGCCACUGUCACAUCUGUCGAGGCCUCUACCAGCACAUCUACUGGUGGUGGUGCUAUCCAGACCGGUGCUAUGGGUGCCGCAGCUCUUUUCGGUGUUGCUGCUGCCGUUGCUGCCAUGUAA